UCAGUUGCCAAACACACAUCAGCGUAACCCCCCACAACCUCUACAAUAAUGGCUGUCGCAACGAAUGGUGAGCCCCAACAGGGAAUGGAGGUGCGAAAAGUCCUGAUUAGUGAUCCCAUCAACCCGCUGUGCGUUAAGAUCCUCAACGAUGCAGGUAUCGAGGUGGAUGCGAGGGACAAAGUGCCCAUGGACGAGCUGGUCAAGAUCAUCUCUGAUUACGAUGCGCUUAUUGUGCGUUCAGGUACCACCGUCACCGCUGAGGUACUUGCAGCUGGAAAUCUCAAGAUUGUAGGUCGUGCCGGAACAGGAGUUGACAACAUCGAUCUUGAUGCGGCAACCAAAGCUGGCACAAUUGUUCUAAAUACCCCCGGUGGCAACACAGUGUCCGCCGCUGAACACACAUGCGCUAUGUUGCAGUCUCUGUGCCGAUUUAUUCCCCAGAGUAACGAAAAGCUCCGCGCUGGAAAGUUCGACCGCAAAGGAGGUAUGGGUGUGGAACUUCAUGGCAAGACCAUCGGUAUCAUUGGACUGGGUAGAAUCGGUCGUGAAGUGGCGAAACGCAUGCAGGCGUUUGAUGUAAAGACUAUCGGCUACGAUCCUAUCAUGCCCAAAAACGUUGCCGCAAAGUUCAACAUUGAGGCUAUGGAUUUGGACGCCGUUUUCGCCCAGUCCGAUUUCCUUACGAUUCACACGCCGCUGACGCCACAAACCAAGGGUCUUCUGGGUGAGGAUGCUUUCAAGAAAUGCAAGAAGGGCUUCCGAGUGGUUAACUGUGCCCGUGGUGGAAUCAUCGAUGAAGAAGCACUUCUCAUUGCUCUGAACGAUGGCGUGUGUGCUGGAGCAGCCCUGGAUGUGUUCCAAGAGGAGCCUCCCAUGGACAGUCCCAUCUCAUCCAAGUUAAUCGCCCACCCCUUAGUCAUUGCCACACCCCAUCUUGGUGCGUCUACUAAGGAUGCUCAGGUGAAGGUGGCCGUCGAGAUCGCCGAAUCUAUUGUGCGCGCUACGCGUGGUGGUGCGCUGGUGGGAGCCGUCAAUGCGCCUAAACUGGUCAACGCCUUCUCUCCCGAAAUCAAGCCAUACGUCGCAUUGGCCACAAAGAUGGGUCUCAUUGUCUCACAAGUGCUGGGUGGUGAUGCUUUCUUGGCUACAAACUCAACAAUCCAAAGUAUAUCACUAUUUGCCAAGGGAGAUCUAAUCAAGGACAUGGCCGAUGUGCUCAAGAAUGCUCUCCUCACUGGUCUCAUGUCAAAGCUUAGUGACGAUCCUGUCAAUCUAAUCAAUGCUCACCACUACGCCAAGGACUUGGAUUUCCAGAUAAAUGCAACGGGAACUGAUAAGAUCGAUGAUUUGCCAUACAAGAACGUUCUAAGUGUCAGCAUUGACUCGGCCGAUUCUACACACACCUACGAGGGUGUUGUUGUGGCCGGUGCUCCCCAUCUUAUCACAAUCAACAAUUUCGAAAUCGGUGCCAAGCCGAAUGGACAUGUGCUGUUCUACAGUAACUAUAACACGCCGGGAGUGCUUGGCAAAGUUGCUGGAGUGUGUGGCGCCCAUAAUUUAAAUAUUUUCGACUUCAACAUGGGAGAAGAGAACAAUAAGAAGGUGCACAUGAGUGUACUAAACGUAGAGUCACCGGUCACCCAAGAGGCACUGAAGGACAUCCAGGCCAUCGAUGGUGUACUGGGAGUGAGGUAUCUUGACCUCGAGUAGAUAAGUGCUGGUGGAAAAAUUAGUGCAAGUUAAUUUCAUGUGCUAUCAAAAUCCACUAAAAUAGUAUUCAGGAAACACGUAGAACAGUAAUUGCUAUAUUGAUAUAUAAACGCGUCUUAUGAUCUGAGUCCGAUCCCAG